CAAAACUACGCAACAGUACUAUCGGUCAAUUUCACUGGCGAAAACAAUGGCCAUUCCCUACAGAUAAAUGUUCCCCCCUUCAGAUACUUCGUCAAUGGAGGUGGUCUCUUGGGUAACUUCACCACCGCCCAAUUUCACCUUCACUGGGGAUCCAGUGACUCCAAAGGAUCAGAGCAUAAAAUUGAUGGCAAGCAAUAUGCUGCCGAGAUCCAUUUUGUCAGCUUUAAUGUCAAGUACGCAGACUUGAGCACUGCGGCGAAUGAGUCAGAUGGUCUAGCCGUCCUUGGUGCUUUCCUGGAGGUAGAGUGGGCUUUCUAAACCUCUUUCCCAGGCUCUGUUCUUCCUGUCCCCGUGGUGCUCAACCUCUUUCCCAGGG